GAUGUGCACAUUGUGAAUUUAGCUAAACUUCUUUUUGUAUUUUUUUAUUAGUUUAAGCUAAUGUUAAGCAUCAACUUCCAAAACAAUUCUUUAUAGGUUUUAGAGAAAUUUACAAGUGUCUGGAUCAAAAAUUUGAGAAAUUAUCAAGAUGAGGGAAAUCAUUAACCUUCAAGUCGGUUCAUGCGGGAAUCAAAUUGGAGGAAAGUUCUGGGAAGUGAUAUCGGAUGAGCACGGCAUCGACCCGAGUGGCUGCUACCAUGGCGACUCUGAUCUCCAACUGGAACGUAUCAAUGUUUACUAUAACGAAGCUUCCGGUGGCAAGUACGUUCCGAGGACUGUGCUGAUAGACCUUAAGCCAUCUACAAUGGAUGCCGUACGGUCCGGCCCGUUUGGAUGUCUCUACCGCCCUGAUAACUUCGUUUACGGACAAGGCGGGGGAGCUAACAACUGGGCCAGAGGACAUUACACUGAAGGCGUCGAGAUCCUUGAGUCUGCAUUGGACGUCAUACGCCGCGAGGCGGAGAGCUGCGAUUGCAUGCAGGGCUUCCAAAUCAGCCACUCGCUCGGCGGUGGCACAGGAGCUGGUUUGGGCACUUUAAUAAUUAACCGAGUACGGGAAGAGUACCCCGACCGGAUUAUCCUAUCCUUCUCAGUGUUCCCAAGCGCUCGAGUUUCAGACUGCGUUGUGGAGCCGUACAACUCCACGCUCGCAGUAAACCAGCUGGUGGAGAACACUGACCACACAUUCUGCUUAGACAACGAGGCACUCUACGACAUAUGUUUCAGAACGUUGAAGUUGACCACGCCAACUUACGGUGAUCUAAAUCAUUUGGUAUGCGCAACGAUGUCUGGCAUCACGACGUGCCUUCGUUUCCCCGGACAAUUAAACGCGGACUUGAGAAAGCUGGCUGUCAACAUGGUGCCGUUCCCCCGCCUUCACUUCUAUACGCCUGGCUUCGCUCCACUAACAUCCAGAGGCGCGCAACAGUAUAGAGCUUUAACAGUUCCAGAGCUGACUUUGCAAAUGUUUGACGCCAAGAACAUGAUGACAGCAUGCGAUCCACGACACGGGAGGUAUUUGACUGUCGCCACGAUUUUCAGAGGGCGUAUGUCAAUGAAGGAAGUCGACGAGCAAAUCUUGAAUAUACAGAACAAAAACAGUACGUACUUUGUGGAAUGGAUUCCGAAUAACUGCAAGAUCGCGGUUUGUGAUAUACCUCCACGUGGGUUGAAAAUGGCGUCUACAUUUAUUGGGAAUACCACAGCCAUACAGGUCAUCUUUAAGAGAAUAGCGGAGCAGUUCGUAGCCAUGUUCAGGCGGAAAGCGUUUCUGCAUUGGUACACGGGUGAAGGUAUGGACGAAAUGGAGUUCACGGAAGCUGAGAGUAAUAUGAAUGAUCUCAUCUCCGAGUACCAACAGUACCAGGACGCGACGGCGGAUGAUGAGGGGGAGUUUGACGAGGAAGAAGGUGAAGAGGGGUUGGAGUGACUACUGUCGGUGUAUCAUUUGUGUAUGUCUUUGUUUUAAAAAAAAUACUUUUCUACAUU